AUGGUGGAGAGCUCUGCGAGUUCGGAUCCGGAUCCGGGUCCGAACCGGCCCUCGUUCAAGUCGUUUUGGAAGAAAUCCAAGCAGGUGUUGGGCGCGAAGACGAUUAGAUUUGUCGACAGCAAUCCCACGAAGGAGUCGGGCCCAGACAAGGCGCAGCUACGGCGUGCUCAGGUACGGAGAGCCCAGAUGCAGCACCGGCAGCGCAAGGCCAGCUACGUCAGGCAGCUCGAGAUGGACGUUGCGCGCAUCCGCGGCAUGAUCGAGGCCGCCGAGCGGGAGAGCCAGGUGCUGCUCGAUGAAAACCAGGCCAUGAGGGCGCAACUACGGAACGCCGCAGCGACGGACGUGUCCCUGCCUGUGUCCCUGCCUGUGUCCAUUCCCAUGUCCCCGGACACGGUCGCAAGUCUCCGGCAAGAGCUCGACGCCGUCACCAUCACCCUCGGCUUUGACGAGAUCAUGGACGCGCCAGCCUUCUACAUCAGCAGCCCGCCACCUCCGGCUUACCCCUGUCCACCCUUUCCACGGCCAGCCGCGCCAUCCCCAGCGGCCCUUCCCGACCUGACCCCCUCGGAAACCCAAGCAGCGAUCAACUUCAUCCUCGCCCUAGAGCACAUCUGCCGCGACCAUUUCCACCCGUCGCUCUACCACCCACCAGCCCCAGAAGACGCCGACGACGCCGACGGCAGCGCGCCGCCCCCACAACACAACAACCCCUUUGACUUUUUCCUAGGCAACGACUCCAACGGCCACACCCUCAUGGCAACCAGUCUGGCCCUGCGCAACGCCCCAGCGCACAUCUUCAAGGCCGCGGCGCGCACCCGUCCCCUGCCGGGCGUCAACCUUAUCUCCCGUCGGCCCUCCGUCCCACCAUUACCACCACCACCUCCUCCUCCCCCUGCACCAUCUUCCUCCCCGCCGCCUCCUCCUCCUGCUGCCCAUCCCAGUGCUGCUGCUGAUGAUAGCACGGGACUAUCAUGGAAGACAUCCGGCCUGACACUGAGAUCGCUCUACGGGCUGGCAUGCUCGCUGAACCCCCCGUCCUUGGCGGACGGCGGCGAGAUUACGCCCGUGCAGGCGUGGUUUGAGCUAGUGGCGCGCUUUGGCGCGGCCACGCUCAUGCAGGAAGGCGUGCUAGACCAGCUGAAGCGCGGGUUUGUCCGGGCGGUGAAGUGUCCGCAUUUCGGGGCGAGCAUGAAGAGGCGGGAUUUUGAGCGCAUUGUUGGCCUGGUGAUAGGGAAGCAUGGUUGGUGA